AUUUGCCACGCUUAGCCUCCUCCUUUGAUACUGCACUUGCAGAAUCCAACCUUCCUGAGCAGAACUCUUUGGGAGGAAAGAGGCAAUAUGAGCUUAUUUCAGAAUCCCGCCCAGAACAACAACAAUGCAAAUCAACCAUCAGGUAACGCAAGCAAUCCUGCCGAGGCACCUGCUAGCGGGACGAGCAAUGUUUUCGGUAGCGGCAUAAGUUUUGGAGCGAGCACCGCCGCUCCACUUUCUUUUGGAAGAACGAUGGGUACUCAGCCCUUCAGCGGAGCCAGCGCAGGAACUAGCACGGCCACGCCUUCUCCAGGUGGUGCAUCGAACACUUCCAGUACCCCCACACCUAAUGCGUUCGGUGGUUUUACAACAAACGCGACGACUCCGGGCACGAGCUUGUUCGGUUCAUCGGCUACAAGUAAUCAGACACCGGGGAGCACUGGGACGACUGGGGGCAUGUUUGGCUCGUCGAACGCUACGAGCACACCCGCCCCCGGAGGUAGCACCUUUGGGAAUUUGGGCAAUACAGGGCCAGCUACCACCACUCCCGCCGCUGCAAGCAUUUUCGGAAAUCUAGGUAGCGCGGGAUCAUCCACUGGAAGCAAUGCACCAGCAGCCAGCGGAAAUGGCGUGUUUGGCAACGCAGGUGCAUCAACGACGCCGUCUACUGGAACGACUUUGUUCGGCAAUGCAAAUAAGCCGGUUGUAAACUCGCUCGGUGCUGGCAGUGGUUUGACGGCACCGGCAGGAGGGAAUCUCUUUGGUACAUCGACGGCCGUGCCUGGCACAUCUACUCCGGGUGCUGCGACACUCAGCACUCCGGCUGGUGGCUCUCCCUUUGGAGCAGCAAAACUUCCUGAACAAGGGGCGUCUUCGGCAUCCCAACCCGCACCUCCCAAUUUCUUUGCACAACCAAGUACGAUCGGCACGUCGGCGACAGCACCAGCUACAGCGCCUGCAGGCGGACUGUUUGGCAGUGUCGCCAAGCCCGGAGAAGCCGCUGCGAGUUCUGUACCUGCAGCUCCUGCUGCGGGUGCUUCUGCUUCGUUUUCAGGAGGCCUUUUCGGCAACAAGCCUAGCACUCCAUCUGCACCGAGUGGCAGUACGCCUGCCGCAGCAUCGGCGCCCCUGUUUGGUUUCGGUACACCAAGUACUACUUCCAUGGAUGCUAGCAAGGACACAUUAACUGCGUCGACGAGCGGGGCGACCGGUACUUCCAGCUUUAAUUUCUUCGCCAAGAAGCCAGGUGAACAGAAAGAUGCUACCGCUGCGUCCACAAGCACUAGUACAUUCAUUUUCGGUAGCACCAAGGAUAAGGGUAAGGAGAAAGAUACAGGAACCGCGCCACCGGAGAAGAAAGACGGGACCUCUACGUUAUUCGCGACGCCGGCGAGUAUAGCAACGAAAGAGGGAGACAAGUCUAAGGAUGCUACCAACGCAGUUGCACCUUCUGCCUCUGGCAUUUCACCUAGCGCGAGCGCGCCGUCGAUUGCAGUGCCGCCGCCAUCCGUGCUUCGUGGGAAGACGCUGGAGGAGAUCGUGAACAAAUGGUCAACGGAGCUUGAGACUCAAGUGCGUGAGUUCGACAAGCUCGCCAGCGAGGUUGCGGUGUGGGACCGCACGCUCAUCGAGAACGGCAACAAUUUGGCGGCGUUGUAUGCGCACGUUCUUGCUGCGGAGCAGGAGCAGAAUGAUAUUGACCAAUCAUUGGAUCAUAUCGAGCAACAGCAGAAGGAGCUCACGGCCACCUUAGAAGCGUACGAGAAAUCGACCGAGGAAAUCUUGGGAGGUCAAGGUGGAAACCUGCGUGCUCUCGACACAGGCCCCGCCGAUACUGAACGGGACAAGAACUACACACUGGCAACAGAACUGCACGGCCACCUUGAUGACCUUUCUGGCUCCCUCACACAGAUGAUCGAUACCGUGAACGCGCUCGCUCUCUCGUCUGAGAAGUCAGAGCAAGACCAUGGAGAGGACGCCAUGACGCAGAUUGCGCAAAUCUUGAACGGCCAUCUGGAGAGUCUGCUGUGGAUCGACGGCGCGGUGCAAGAGGUCGAUAGCAAGAUCAAGGAUGUGGAGAAGCGCGUGCGCAUGGCGGGAGAGACUAGCCUAGGCGGCGGUUUCAAGGGCAAGAGCUUCGGGCUGGGAGCUAGCCGAUGAAAGAUGCGUAGAUGAACGAGGGUGUUAGCUACUUGGUUUGUCAUGUACGAUUGCCGUUGAUGAACAUCAUUGCUCAUUUCUGCUGCUUAAGCUUCGAUUGUACAUGUGAACCUGCAAUGCGAUGUAACCAGACCUAACAAAUGUCCCAAUCAAUAUAGCCUUGUACAUAUCCCGAAGAGCGAUUGUAUUAUCCUGUAUGCUGCCCGCUAUCGUUCGUCUGGUGUCUGGAACAUCUUCUGCAACAUCCUCCUAUCCCACUCGUCGAACUUCAUGGCACUUGUCGCGUAGUG